AUGCCACCGAUGAGUUCUGGUUACGGCGGUGCGUCUGUUGACGAGCCGUGCUACGUGUUGUAUUCGAUGGCGUCUUCUCCUGGUUCUUGGCAUUGUAUGUCAGUGGAAGUUAUUGAAAUGGCAGUGUAUACUAUUUUGCUUAAUCCAAAUUCGCUUCUUGGAUUAUCAACAUCCAUUUAG